UAUUAUGGGAUGGUAGAGGUGGAAUGGCGCUCGGCGCGUGAUUUUGAACAAACGUCUCAGUUUCUCUGCGAUCGAGAUGCAGCAGUAAAGAGAAAGGAUGAGAGCCAGGGUGUAAAUAAAUAUCAACGCAUGAAGCUAGAGCCAUCUGAAUAAGACACAAGGAGGAUCGGGAUCAGGAAUUCAUGUAAGAGACCGUGACAGCAAAACAUCCAUACACCGAACUAGAGGCUGUGGCUAAGUCUUGGAGUAGCAGCAGUGGCAGUGUGUGAGGAUGGAGGUGGUGUCGGCGGAGGUGAACAGCCUGCUCCCAGAGGAGAUCAUGGACACAGAGGCCAUUGUGCUGGUGGAGGACGACCAUGUGGGGGCCGUGGACGACUCCGAGUUGGAGGAAGAAGUUCCCAUGGAGACAGAGUUUGCAGGGAUCGUCAGCCUCGACACUGCAGUGCCUCAGACUGUCCAGGUCUCUGAAUCAAAGACCCCCAGCAGCAUAGGCAGCCAGCUGUUAUUGACCAGCUCCAUCACUGCCACAACCACCAGCAUGACAGGGCUCAAAGCAGCAGCACCCAUGCCAGUCAGCACGCAGCCUAGCAGCAGUGUUAGUGGAGGGCUGCAGAAACUCAACACUCCCGUCCCCAUCACAGCCAACCAGGUCAUCCUCAACAAAGUCUCACACUCCCCCUCGUCUGACCUCAAGCCCAGCACCACACAGGUGUUCAAACAGGAUGGACAAAAGCUGUUUGUCACCACCAUCGGCAAGUCCGGGCAGCCCAUUGUGCUGACACUGCCCCACACCAGCCAUCUCGCCCAGUCCCCUAAGGCUGGUCAAGGCCAGGGUAUGGGGCUAGACACCAAGAUACAGCCCCAGCAGUUUAAGGUGGUGACCAUUGGGAGCAGGACAGACCUCAAGCCCGUGAUUGGUGUGCAGGCCAUGGGCUCUGGGAAUCAGCUGAUCAGCACAUCACAGCAUUCAACACUGCAGGCCCAGCAAUUAAAAACAGUACAGAUUGCUAAGAAAACACAGACGUCUUCAGCAGGACCAAUGAUCACAAAACUUAUCAUCUCAAAGCCAUUGAACAGUAAAGCAAUGCCUGGUCAAACUUCUGUUUCGCAAUUGAUUGGAGGCCGAAUCCUUACCCAGAACCCUCCUGGCACACCCCCGAGGACCCUUUCUUUCACGGAAAGCAUCGUAGGAGCUGCUCUCGGUUCAACACCGCAAAGCAAGAUUGCCAUCUCGCCCCUGAAAUCUCCCAGCAAGCUGACGGUGGUGUCUGUGGCCUCCCAGUCCCCAAGCUCACCUCAGAAGUCAGUUGGGGUCCCGUUGAGCAUGGCCCUGGGACAGCAGUUCCUGACAGUGCAGCAGGCAACCCAGUCUUCUCCAGCCAAGGGCAUUUCCAAUCACUCCACACAGCAGGGAGUGAAACCUGUGCAGACCAUGACAGUAAGUGGCGUGGGCACCCCUCAGUUUAAAACCAUCAUUCCUCUGACAACACCACAAAAUGUGCAGCAGAUCCAGGUGCCUGGCAGUAAAUUCCACUACGUGCGUCUCGUCACUGCCUCCACAGGCAACAGCUCCCCACAGACAGGCAGCCCCAGCAUCAACUCACACUCUCUACAGCAAGCCAAACCGGUAGUGGUGAACACAACACCAGUGCGAAUGUCUGUUCCAAUUGUCUCAGCACACACCAUGAAACAGGUGGUCCCAAAAUCUCUAAACGCAAAUUCACAGAUUGUUAGUACUCCGUCACAGCAAAGGCUUAUCAUGCCAGCCACUUCUUUACCUCAGAUUCAGCCCAAUCUGACCAACCUGCCCCCAGGCACUGUCCUGACACCAGCUCCUGGCUCAGGAAACGUGGGGUAUGCUGUCCUCCCUGCUCAGUAUGUCACACAGCUCCAGCAGUCAGCCUUUGUGACCUUGGCAAGCAGUACUGGGUUUGCACCAGGAGCAGCAGCUGCUAUCCAGACCCAGGCCCGGUUACCACUCAAUGGGUUGUCUCCGUCCGAUUCUGCAUCGCGACCCAGGAAACCAUGUAAUUGUACUAAGUCCCAGUGUCUCAAAUUGUACUGUGAUUGUUUUGCCAAUGGAGAAUUCUGUAACAACUGUAACUGCACAAACUGCUACAAUAAUCUGGAACAUGAAACCGACCGACUUAAAGCAAUAAAGGCAUGCCUAGACCGCAAUCCAGAAGCAUUUAAACCGAAAAUUGGAAAAGGAAAGGAAGGUGAAUCAGACCGACGGCACAGCAAGGGCUGUAACUGCAAACGCUCAGGCUGUCUCAAAAACUACUGCGAAUGCUAUGAGGCAAAGAUCAUGUGCUCUUCGAUAUGUAAGUGCAACGGCUGUAAGAACUUUGAGGAGAGUCCGGAGCGGAAGACUCUGAUGCACUUGGCGGAUGCAGCGGAAGUCCGUGUCCAGCAGCAGACAGCAGCCAAAACUAAGUUGUCAUCCCAAAUCUCUGAUCUGUUAACAAGAACAACACCGGCUGUCACCAGUGGAGGGGGAAAGUUGCCCUAUACGUUUGUCACCAAAGAGGUUGCUGAAGCGACGUGUGAGUGUUUGCUGGAGCAGGCGGAGCAAUCAGAGAAAGCGAACAGGUCCCAGGCUGCAGCGGAGAGGAUGAUCAUAGAAGAAUUUGGACAGUGUCUUCUGAGGAUUAUAAACUCUGCUGGAAAAGCAAAAACUGACCCCUGCUCUAUGAACUCCUAAACUCUCCAAAUAAAGCCUUUGUCCUCAACAGAGACUGGAGCAGGGUUAAAAAGAAAGAAAAGGAAAGUUUGCAUCUGCGGUACUGGCGAUGGACACCUCUGUCUAAGAAUAAUCUGUUUGUUUGGAGCUUGUUUUAGAGUGACCUGAUAAUGCGACCAUGUAAAAUUUAAAUAGAUAUUUUUAUGAAAUUUUCCUUUGGAUCUUUGACUUCUUCAAAUCAUGUUGCUUCUUUCUGGUGAUAUGAUGAUGAAACUUUUAACCAUUCUUAUUACCAUUAAGCUACACAUAAAUACCUUUGUAUCCCACUCUCACUAAAAACAGUUAAUCUUUGGUUGGUAGGGUUUUUUUACCAUUAGUAUUCUUUGCGGAUUAAUUUGUGAAGUAAGGCUCUUUCAGGAACCAGAACUAAUCACUGGCUUUUACUUGCCCUUUUAGAGUUUGUGGACUUCCGUUUUUCUUGUUCGGAUUGAUCUAUCCAUAUAGAUGAAUCUUAUGUAGCCAUGUACUGUUUUCAAUUCACUGUGAAGCUCCAAUCAGGUAGACUACAUUAACUGCAAAGUUUUUUUUUUUUUUAAGUGAUCAUUGUAUCAAUUUCUUUUUUUGCAAAAGGAAAGCAGCAAAUAAAAUGUAACUGAACAAGGAGAAAACGAGAUGGGUCAUUACAUUGCCCACAGCAUAUCUAUUAAGUUUUUAGACAAAGGAAUUAACUGUACAUUUGAGGUUUGAAUCAGUGGGUUAUCUCUUCCUUUAUGAUGCAGCGGUAAUGUAUUGAAAGGAUGCUUGUUUCAAAAUCCAUCCUUUAAAGAGUUACAGUAUACAGUUCCAAAGCUUUACUGUGGUGGCCUUCAUUGCAUUGCACUGGGUUUUGCCAAUAUAGCAAACUAAUGUGGAUCGCCUGCUUUGAUUCUUGUGUGUGGAAUUGCCUCCCCUCUGAAAAGCAUAGCUUGCCUCUCUGUCGUUGUGUAGAUAUACACAGAUAAGCUCUAGAGACAGGCUCAUUAAUUUGUGCUAAGUGACUGUCUUGUCUAGACAUCCUCAUCAGAUCUGCCCAGGUCCUGUAGUUGUUGAGUGGUGCUCUGUUUUUCUACAGCUAAUAUGAAGGUCUCUUACUGACUUUCAAAGUAGCCUUGGCUCAGUGAGGAAGCAGAGAGUAUAGCUGGUACACUCCCCCCAUCAGCCAUGGUCUUUCAGUGUGUCGUCCUGGUUCUGAAAUGUGCUCGAACUUGACUUACAUGGGCCCUCUUCUAGUCAAAUUGUAAUCUACCCAUCCAGGUAUCUGCCAUGAACAUCACUAGAGGAUUACAGACUUCAUCUUUUCUUGCAUUUUCCUAAAUAACAAGCUGAUUAUACAGAUAAGGGUUGUGUGAACUGAGUAAACUCUCCAUAUUUUCAGUCAGCUUUGUUCCUUGGAUGACUUGAUCAUGAUGGCAUGCCAGUUCUCAAAGGUAGAUAGCUCUCCAACAACCCCACAGCCUUCAUUUCUAACAGGGCAGGGUACAUCAGUGCUUUUUGUUUAGUUUUUUUCACAUUUCUGAUCUGUAAAUAUAUGUGCCAAGCUAAAAUAUUUUCUUCUUGUUGUAUAUUUUACAUCUUACCUAAGUACAUUUACUUACAAAUAAAAUGUUACAAUUUGUAUUUUUUCAUAUUGAUGACAAGAAUUACAGCACUUCACUGUAGCCCUCCUAUUCACCGUGUACUUGCUGGGUGUCUUUGUUUUUUGUUUUUAAAGGGAACAAACAACAUUAUAAAAACAUGAAGCAAAUAUCCUUAUUUUAGUUCAUUUUAUUGUUCACAGAAAAUAGCACAGUUUUUUUUUUUUUUUUUUUUUUUUAAAUAAAUGUGUACAUAGCCCACAUGCUAAACUGCCUCUGAUUUAGAUUGAGGAGUAUGGAGAGAGAUUGUACAGUAUAAAUGUAAAUUAGUAUAAGUGAAUAACUGGUUUAUUAGAGCUUCUUUGUACUUUAUCAAGGUUUAAACAUUUGCAAUAUCCUUUUUCACGAACUCAAGCUCUGUACCAAUAUGUAAAUAUGUUGUGUUUUAUUCUUAAUUGUACUUCUGUGAUGUGUAUUUAAAUCUUGUGUGAAACUGAAUGUCUAGUAUUUGGAUUUGUAGAUUGUGUAUGAUGGGGAGACCAUUGCUUGUAUUAAUUUGAAGGUGAAAUCCAAUGUUUUUAGUUCCAUGUUUGUUUUUUUCUUUUUUCAACCUGCUUUGUAAACUCUUCUGCUUGUUUUUUGUGUAGAAUCAUUUAAUUUAUCAACCUCUGUUCCCACCUCUCUUCAGUUACUUAAAAGCAUUAUGACAACACAGUAAAUAAUCAUUCAAAUUUAUUAAAGGAAAAAUCAUUUAAUUUGCAAAAAGAUUUAUAUUUAGUAAACAUACUAAAACUGUUCAGUGA